CAGAACAAUCGACCGAUUUGCCUGGUUGACAUUCACCCCCAAUCGUCAUUUUGACCACAGACAAUCAAUGUCUCUCCCAGGUUUAGACCUCACGCAGGCAACGGAGGAAAGGGAAUUCGUCCCCGCCCCGCCAACGCAGAUCAGUCUGAGCAAAGGCUCCGAAUGGAGAUUUGAAGUCGCAUUCGGCACGACCGUGCGAGUGAAGCUCCUCGCCGGCAACGCAGAACUCUUCGGCACCGAGCUCGCCCCCUCCCAAACCUACACCUUCUCCGGAACAAAAGCCGCCAUCUACACCUGGCAUGGCUGCACCCUGGAAAUCAGCGCCGGGGACAGAGUCUCCGCGAUCGAGGGCUUCGCUCCGGGCGGGUCGACGAUGACCGCGAACGGGACGCCGACAACCACCACCACCACCACAACCAACACCAGCACCACCGGCGGCCGCGGGUUCGGCGCGGGAGGCUGUCAGAGCGAGUACGUCGCUGAGGAGACGCCCAUGGUGGAGUACGCGAAUGUGCAUUUCGCGCUGGAGACGCUGCGCCAGGAGGCCAAGGCCACAGGGAAGGAUGGGCCGCGCGUGCUCAUCGUUGGCCCUGAUAAUGCGGGCAAGAGCAGCUUGGGUAAGAUUUUGACGGCGUAUGCGACUAAGGUCGGGCGGCAGCCGAUUGUGGUGAACUUGGAUCCGAAUGAGGGCAUGUUGAGUGUGCCGGGGACGCUUACGGCUACGGCGUUCCGUACGAUGAUGGAUGUUGAGGAGGGGUGGGGGAGUAGUCCUAUGUCGGGGCCGAGUGCUGUCCCUGUGAAGUUGCCGCUCGUGUACUUUUAUCCGAUGCAGAAUCCGCUGGAGGCGGAGGGGUCGGUGUUUAGGCCGAUUGUGUCGAGGCUGGCGCUGUCGGUUAUGGGGAGGAUGGCGGAGGAUGAGGAUUCUAGGGAGACGGGCAUCAUUGUUGAUACGCCCGGGGUGUUGGGGCAGGGGAAGCCGGGGAGUUUGGAGUUGAUUAACCAUAUUGUGACGGAGUUUUCCAUCACUACGAUCCUGGUCCUCGGCUCGGAACGCCUCUACAGCACCAUGUUGAAGAACUACGACAACAAGCCCUCGUCAAGCGCCUCAGCAGCCGCAUCAGACGAGUGCAUCUCGGUAGUGAAGCUGCCCAAAUCCGGCGGCUGCGUCGACCGCGACGCCACAUUCAUGAACGGCCUGCGCGAGUCUCAGAUCCGAACAUACUUCUUCGGGAAUCCCAUCCCGUCCACAGCGUCCGCCGCGCUGUCUCUCUCCGCCUCCUCAACCACAAACGUCACGCUAUCCCCCCACGCGCAACAGCUCGACUUCAACUCCCUCUGCCUCUACAACUACACCAUCCCCUCGCUCGAAGAAGACGAAGACGAGUACGACCCGGCCCAACUGGACGCCUUUCUCCCGGGCGAUGCGGAAUCGACCCCGGUUAAGGAAGAGGGCUCCGCACCGCCUCUACCCGGCGUGACUGGCUCUCCCCCUGAAAAAAGUGUUACCCCCGCGCCGUCUGCUCUCGCGAACUCCCUGCUUGCCGUCACGCACGUGUCGCCGACUUCUAGUGUCGCUCAGGUGCGCGACUCCAGCAUUAUGGGCUUCUUGUAUGUGGCGGAUGUGGAUAGCGAGAAGGGCAAGAUUCGCGUGUUGGCCCCGAUCGGUGGGCGCGUGCCUCCGCGGGCUGUCGUUUGGGGGAAGCAUUGGCCUGGGGAGGUUGUUGGGUUGGUUGGGUAA